CCACACACUCACUACUUUCGCUAAUACCCGGUUAUCACCGACCACACUCGUUCUCUACGACCUCCAUCCCUACCUUAAUACCAACCGUAUUCUAAUACCACCCCCCACUACCAAGAUGCGUUCCUUCGCCGUCCUUGCUGGCUUCGCCGCCGUUGCCGUUGCUGCUCCUCACUACGGUGCCGAGACUCCUUCUUCGGCCCCCGGCUACCCUGCUGCGACUCCUUCGUCCCCUGCUGGUUACGCCGUCGGAACCCCGUCUUCCUCUGUUCCUGCCGCUGCUGAGUCGACUCCAUGCUCCACCUCCGUCCCUGUCGAGUCUCCCUCUUCGGCCCCCGGCUACCCUGCUGCGACUCCUUCGUCUCCCGCUGGUUACGUCGUCGGAACCCCGUCUCCCUCUUCCGCUCCCGGCUACCCCAUGGUCACUCCCUCUUCUCCUGCUGCCGCCUCGUCUACUCCUUGCGAGACCACCACUGAGGUCGUUUCUGCUACCACCUACGACUGCCCUACCCCCACUACCGUCACCCACGGCCACACCACCUACGUCGUCACCUCCAGCACCGUGCUGAGCCUUCCUCCCCACACCACGACCUACGUCGUCAGCUCGCCCUCACCCUCUGCUCCUGCUCCUGCCACCUCGACUCCUUGCCAGACCACCACCGAGGUCGUCUCCGCCACCACCUACGACUGCCCUACCCCCACUACCGUCACCCACGGCCACACCACCUACGUCAUCACCUCCAGCACUGUUCUCAGCAUCCCUCCCCACACCACCACCUACGUUGUCAGCACUCCUCCCGCUGCCACUCCUUCCACCCCUGCUGCUUACAGCGCU